AUGCAGUUGGCAUUGGCUGCUUUGCAUAGUGCAAAUCAGUUGUACUUCCGCCUUCCUCCCAACUUCCCUAUUGGCUUCUCAAGUAGAAUUGUUUACAUAUUGACAUUAAAUUGUUGGGAUGGGGAGAGGGGAUACCUGAGGAGCAUUCUCUCUCGUCAGAGUUCUGAACAUACCGUUUCAGAGCUAGUUGAAUUCCUUAAUGCAAUAGAUUCUUGGGCAAGAAAAUACAAGUUUCCUUCAGACAAGGAUCUCAAGCACAUCAACCGAAAACUGAAAUCUUGUUGGGGUCUUAGUUCACAUGACGAAAGUAAGAAGCGGGAUAAGAAAUCGAAGCACAAGUCGAAGAGGAGCUCAAUGAAGUGCAACCUGUACCUUCUCAUACUGAAAUGGGUUUGUGAGGGACAUUUAGUUUUAAACACUGCAACUGGUGUCUAA